UAAGUGGGCUGAAAAUGAUGGGCUAAUGUAACGGUUCUGUAGUUGGGCUACGUCCAAUUUUAGAAAGACGCCUUUUUGUUAGUGAAAAUUCGCCGCGAGAAUCAGGUGGUUACGUUUCUUGGGAGUCGGAGAAAUGCUACGGUUUCAGCUUCAGCCGAAGACGCUAUUUCCUCCUGUGAUCCAUUUUAAUGGCGAUUCUCACUUCAAGCUCAUGCCCAUGGCGACGGGGGCGUUGCUUCCUACUCGGUCUGUAUUCGACCCCCUUUCGUUUAAAUUAUCGACGAGGCCGAACUCUAGAUUAUGGCUUUGCAGAAUGGGCAAGAAUUCAGACAUGAUAUCACAGCUGGAAAUUGGGAAGCCUGAAGAGAAAAGGAAGCCUGAGAAGCGAGUCAAUGGCAUAUUUUGGAUCCUACUAAUAAAUCUUGGUUUAUAUUUGGCCGAUCAUAUAUUCCAGGUUCCGUGGAUUAAGGGAUUGUAUCUUUACCAUAACCGGCCUGCAUGGUACCAGUUUAUAACCGCGACCUUCUGCCAUUUUAGUUGGAAUCAUCUCUCUAGCAACCUGUUUUUCUUGUAUAUUUUUGGUGAGUUUGUGCAUUUGGCUGCUAAAAAAUGUUGCAUUAUUGGUUACUCGAAACAGAUAGUUUCUAAAACUUAUUGCCAUCCAGGAAAACUCGUUGAAGAAGAAGAAGGGAACUUUGCUCUGUGGCUGUCUUAUAUUUUGACGGGUGCCGGAGCAAAUCUUGUUUCUUGGUUAGUUCUGCCUAGAAAUGCAGUUUCGCUUGGAGCAUCUGGGGCUGUAUUUGGACUCUUUGCGGUUAGCGUUCUUGUUAAGAUGUCCUUUGACUGGAGAAAGAUUCUUGAAGUGCUUAUUUUGGGGCAGUUUGUUGUUGAAAAGGUCAUGGAAGCAGCCCAAGCUUCGGCAAGCUUGGGUGGGAACUUUCGAGGGGUCUAUGCUGUACAGAAUGUAAAUCACAUAGCACAUUUAUCGGGUGCCCUUAUUGGUGUUCUUUUGAUAUGGCUUCUCAGCACCGUUCCUUCUCCUACAGAGGGGAAAUAAGGUUCGAAAGGGGAUACAUUUUUGGCAUAUGUAUUAGCUUUGAUCGUUUGGAAAUGUCUUUGAUUUCUUUAUUCCUUAUAUCAAUAUGACUUAUUUAUAAUCAUCAAGUUGCAUAGACACCUAUUGAAUUAUGUUCACUUCAUAUAUUGUAAUAAGCGCGAACACUGUUAAUUAUGGAUUUUUAAAUUCUAUUUUGGUUGUUGA